AUGGAUUCUGACGAUUCUGAUUAUCCUUCCAGAUAUAGUGGAUAUAGAAGUGACUCUGUCGACAGAGACACAUCUGGAGCAGCACAUUCAAAUCCAGCCACGGCGAAUAGUUCAACAAACGCAAGAAAUGCAGCCGAACAACGUGAUGCUAACAACGAAUCUAAUGCAGCUGCAACUCCAAGUAACGGGGACUCUACCAAUGUGACAGCUACCACGACAAAUGUACCUACCUCCGGAGUUGAGUCUAAUCUUACCACAAGAGAAUUUCAGACUUUUAUUAUUGAUCAACUGGUAAAGAUUCAAGAACAAAAUGAAAUCCUCAAACAGAAAGUCGAAACUUUAGAACAAGAACAAGAAGCAUACUAUUUGAACAAUGCAAAGAGGCUUGAAAGUGGAUUUAGGGAUAUCACCAAGUCUGUAACAGAGAUUUCGCAGUUAAAAAAAUUGUUUAAAGAAGUAGUAGGUAUCAUGUCCGGCGAAAGAUUACGAUUUUUGGAUCAUUCAGAUGAAAAUGCAGUAGCUCCUAUCAAUCGGACCAUAGGUCAAGAAGAAGGAGACCGUUAUGACCCUAACCUUGGGCGUACUGAGUCGGACUUUGAUAGAGGAGCUCAUGAUAGAUCUAUCCUGAUCAAUUCUGAAAGAGUGGUUGUGAAAAGGGAAACGGAUGGUGAAGAUGGAAAUUUACCUCUUUUAAGUAAUCAGAUAAGCCGAAAUCAUUACACUCAAAUGAGUUCAAUUCCUGAUAGGUAUGCCAUUAGUUUACCAGGUCGUAGACAUAACGCACCUAUAUCUAGGGCACAGAUUUUGGAAGAUGAACAUGGUAGAGAUUCUUUAAUUGCAGCUCAAGAACAAGGUGACAGAGAAAUGGAAAAUGCUAUUAGAACUGAUUUGUGGAAAAAUUACAGAAUGAACAUAGCUAUUCAGAGUGUAUAUGAUGUAGCGAAGGAGUACUACGAAGGGUUUCCAGGGAAACCAUCUCUUUUGCAAUUAGAAAGAAAAUUUGGAUCCACCUGGCGUAGACAACGUGGUCAAAGAGUUUUAUUUGCCAAGAGAAAAUGUAUUAUUAGUAAGAUCGAAAACAUUUUAAAAAAUCCUAAACAAUAUAACCUACCAGAAGGCAUAAAGAGGAACCAAGCUAUCAAGGUUUUAGAAAAUAUUAGGUUAGGGAAUAACCGUUACAAAGGUAACGUUUGUUUAAUGUCAAUAUCUCAAUUAUAUGAAUAUUUAUCAAGAAAAGAUGACAAAAUUGAGGACUAUUCGUUAAAUAUCAAACAGAGGGGUGUACCUAGAAGAUUAAUAUUACAGCGCCAAAGAGAAGAAACGAUGCAAAGGAAUUCAGAAAGUAACCAAUCUGCGACCAAUGAGCCAUCCACUGGAGAAUCUGAACAGAAUCUAGAGCAAGGGGCCAACCAAACUACAUCUGAUCAAAUUGCUCUGGGAAACGCCUCCACAAGUGUGAAUAAUGUUGGUUAA